ACAUGACCCGGAAGUCAUCGGGAUAUAUCUGCCAUGUUGGUGGAGGACCAUGCUGCCGGCAAUGAGAGCUGUGUGCUGUCUCCGCUUGGGUCGGUGCAUGAGUCAGGCAGCCAUUGGAGGUCCCAGUAGGGAGCAGCGCUUCAUGGUGGUUGGACUGGGCAAUCAUGGCAUGUCUGGCACUAGACACAGUGUGGGCAUGACUGCCAUUAACCGUCUGGCACGAAGGCUGAAUGUCGCUGACCAGUGGAAGACGGAAGGAGCAGAUCUCAUCACCACCCAGCUGGACGGCGUUCAUCUAAUUUUGAUAAAACCCCGGCAGUUUAUGAAUGUUAAUGGGACGAGUGUGGCUAAUGCAGCUGGAAAGUUCCACCUGAGCCCUGAGAAUAUCUAUCUAUUACAUGACGAGCUGGACAAACCUCUAGGGAAGGUGACCCUGAAGCUUGGAGGCAGCGCGAGGGGCCACAACGGGGUCCGUUCCUGCAUUGACCACCUGAAAUCAGAUACGAUGACCAGACUGUUGAUUGGUAUCGGACGUCCGGGUGACAAGUCUUCAGUGACCGCAUAUGUGCUUGGACGCUUUACCAAGAGCGAGCAGGAGGCGCUGAGCCCAGUUCUGGAGAAAGGUCUAGACUUGUUACUUGGACACAUCCAAAAACGGACUCGGGCUGCUAGUCCUGUGCCAGUGGAAAACAGAGCAUGAUGGGAGUUACCCUCUAGAAUAUCCAAUUCAUAGACAGCGGAGGAGAAGCCGGCUAAGGUCUAGGACCACGGUCAUUUUGGUUGGAUCUCUAGUGUAAUCUUCACUACUAGACAGGGCAGGAGGACAAGUUGUCCAAACUCACAUACCAACUUCUAGGAGUGUUCCUGUGAUAUAUAUUGAUAACUGUACCUCCACCAAUCAGAUAUUGAUAGCAUCUACCAUAUCACUGGUAUGGCUUCAAUGCAUAAAGCUGGAAAAACCCCUUUAACGUGUAUCUUAAUCCGUUUUUGUAAUAUAUAAUACCUCAGCUUGGUAAGAUAGGACUGGCCGAGGGAUUUCCCAGUCCACACCCCUCCAUCACAGGUUUUUCCCCUAGCCCGAGGUGAUCCCAGGUGAGGCCUACUGGGAUCAUCACUGGGGAAUAAAGCAGACCUAAGAAUGCCAGUCUGGGGGAAUGACGCCUGGAGAUCUGAACUGUGUGGUUGGAGCUUGGUGACUGGCUGAGUGAAGCCUGAUCUACCCUGGUGUGAACAGGACUCUAUAGGCGAGACCCAGACCGGCAGGUAUUUAUUUUUGCGUUAUGUUAUGCCGUAACUUCACCUCAUCAAGUGACGCCAUAACUUGGAUGCUAAUCUGUUAUGCUGAAGUGACGAAAAAGGACGGUUUGGACUUUGAAACCCGCAAUCUGUCAUUUCCGACACCACUGCGAGUACAGAUUCCUACAAUAUAUAUGAGCGCUAUCACGCCUUGUGUGUUCAUAAUGGAAGGUGCAGAUACUACGAAUAGUAGAUCAAAUGGGCAAAAGCCAUGAACACCUUCAAGGGCAUUUUUUAUUAUUGCAUUCUACUUAUUUUGUGCUAAAAAUCAUUUUUGCAUUUGGUCUUUAUUACAAAUUUUCAGCAGUUUUUGUGAUACAUGGGUUAAAUUUCAGUCUGUUUGCAGACUGUCACUCUAGGUAAUGGGUAUUUUAUAUUGAUGGCCUAUCCUCAGGACAGGCCAUCAAUAUCAGAUCGGACACCCCGCACCUUCACUUCCAUGGGAGCAGGGCUGCAGUGACCAGCUCCGUCCACUGCACAACUUCCGACACUGGAGCAACUUCAGAACAGCUGGUGGGUGGGGGGUGUCAGACCACCGCCGAUCAGAUAUUGAUGGAGGGUAAGCCAUCCAUAUUGAAAACUUAAACAACCCCUUUAGGCCCUGUACCAGGCAUAAGCCAGUAUAAUAGUGUUCCCCGGAUUGUUUCUUUAACUUUGUGAUUGGUAAAGUAAUCACAGUUUUCAGUUUCCGAAUAAAUGUGAAUUUUAAAUCUAUACAAACCAUUUGAUUGACAGAUGUAUUGUCUUCCUUUGGUUCAUUGCUAAUGUCAGGUUAGGGCUACACCUCAUUGACAACAUACCUGUACCCCUCAUGUGUAAGGUGCAGCUACUAGGAAUAGUUGAUCAAAUGGCCAUUUUAGUGAUACAUGGGUUAAAUUUCUGAGUCCCAUUUACCUCUCUAUCUGAUCUGACUAGAGAUGAGCGAAUUUCAUAUUUUUAAAUUCGUUUACUGGUAAAAGGUGAAUUUGCGUUAU